GCUAGAGAAUAGAUAAAAUUAGGAAUACUUGAGCCAUCCAGAACCCAGUAAUAGUAUUCAUAAUGGCCCUGUUAAUAUUACUUGAGAUCCAACUUUCACCUCUUGUUUUAAUAACGUUAUUGACUGUACUUGUUAUAGAACUCACCACCAGACUUCCAGAAGAGGCUCCUAACAUUUGAAGAUUGGCUGCAACACUGGACAUGGUUCAGAGUAAAAGAAUUCUGUCUGUCCAAUUCCAUUGAAAUCCGAAGCCCAGCCGGACAUGAUAGCAUAUGGCAGAAUCCAUAGUGCAGAAAUGUGCACCAUGGCUUGUGGUUUAUCCGAAAGCCCUUCUUGGAUUGCAAUUUCUCGUCGAAUAUACUUCACAACUGUUAAUGAAACCAUGGCUGCACAAGAGCAAAGAAGUCCGGUCUCCAUUCUUUGCUUAAAACUAAGACAAACCGGUUCCCCUUUCAUUUUUAAUGCUAAAGGAAGAAUUAUCCGAUCAUACAAAGCAAUCCCUACUACAAAAGUGAUGAUCACAGACGCACCAAAUGAACCUGCUGGAAUAUCAAACUUUGGAGUUAUAUGUCGGUCCAUGGUACUUGUUUGAAUAACUGCAAAAGAAUCCAAAGAAUAUGUCACAGCGAUUAUGAUUCCCGUAGACCAGACCGGUAUCACUCUGAUUAACGCUUUCAGCUCUUCCACUUGAUCUAUUGUACAAAAGUCUCCAUGGGUUUGAAGCAUUGCCAUCAGAGGUUAAGUCCUGUUGAGGGUUCUUUAUCACACAAGCUUUAUUCAGAAACCUUAGUGAAAUGAGACCAUUUUCAGUUACUUUAUUCCCAUAAUAAUUAGUGUAUUGGGAAAGAUAAUUGUCAGACAAGUAUUCAAACUCAAUACUCCAGGAGUAACAGAACUUCACAUGGUUUGUUUCCAACCGUGCACAAAAACAAGUUCUUUGUCAGACCCUAAUUCAGUUUUUCCAGGAAAAUAUAUAACUAUCUGGUACAAAAUGUUUUUGAUUCAGAAGAUACAAAGAAACCCUGUUCACUAAGUACAACUAAAAACAGUAAAAAGAAAAUAUUAGUGAGAUACAAUACAUUGUUCCUUAACAGCUUUUAGUACCAAAAAAAAAAACUUUAUCAGUACGUGUACAAGAAAUAAUGUGGUUACUGCAUAGUUGAGCCCGUAAAGUUUGAGUGCAUCAUUUGCUUUUCCAUUUUGAUGACAAAUCAAACGUUUGGCCUCUACUCUGUAAUUUCUAGAAAUAUGUUCCUGGGCAGUGUUGGGUUAUAAUCCUAAAGAUAUACAAUGGGCGUGCGAGAGAGGGCCCUUGGCAUUAGCUUUAGCCACUGAUAAUGGUGACAAAAGAGAACCCAGGUAAUAAUGACUUAUGCCAACGCCGCUCAAUAGAAAAAAAUAUAUUUCUUCUUUAAUUCCAUUGAUCUCUUUAUAAAAUAUAUGUAAAGCUGAAAAACAGGAAGCUGAGGACAAAGAUGAAUUGCCUUUAAUGGGGGGAGCCUUUCCUGAUUCCAGUACAAUAGAAUAUAUCCCCUUCCACUUUUAUUUUUCCCAAUAAAAAAAAAAUCAUGCAUUUUAGAUUCAGUUCCCAUGAUAAAUGUCAAAGUGUUUCUUUAUCUUCCUUGGCUUGUUCUUGCUGUAUUUGUUGGAAUCCAAGUCUUAGCUUCAGUGAAGGUGAAGCAGUGGACAAGUUUAAAAUGAGCUCAUGCAGUGUAAGAAGCUCAUCAAAGAAGCUGGAAAACAUAGAUGAGAAUGGUCCCCCAAGGUGGUUACAAUUGUCUUGUCCUCUUCCAGAAACUCCUACAGAACCAAUGGAGUUUCUUGCCAGAUCAUGGAGUUUGUCAGCCAUGGAACUCUCCAAAGCUCUUGCCAAGAAUAAUAUAGCUGCUUCCAAUGGCGUUGAUGCUGACAUUAAGUCGUCAUCUGCUUCUUCUGUUGGAAAUAUUGAAACGCAUGAUUCAAGACAAUGCCUAAUUCAGCAGCAGCCUUGUGACGAUAGCCCUCCAAUAAUUUCCCCAAGGGAAAGUGAAGAUCUGAAGGAACUAUUUUUGCUUCAUCAGACACUGAACCCAGAGUUUCUUUCUAAUCAACAAUUGCUUAAAAAUGGGAUAUACAAGAGCAUUGUAAGAGGGCGAACAAUGGGGAAAUGGUUGAAGGAUCAGAAAGAUAGGAAGAAGCAAGAGAUUAGAGCCCAUAAUGCACAACUUCAUGCAGCUGUAUCAGUGGCCGGUGUUGCGGCUGCUGUUGCAGCACUUGCUGCCUCUAACGCAAUGUCACCGGAAACGGAAACUACAGGUCUUAAGACAUUGUCUAAAGUACCGACUGCUAUGGCAUCUGCGGCAGCUCUUGUAGCUUCUCACUGCAUUGAGAUUGCUGAGGACAUGGGAGCUGAUCAUGACCAAAUCUUAACAGUAGUCAACUCUGCAAUUAAUGCAAGAACUAAUGGAGAUAUAAUGACCCUAACAGCUGGAGCAGCUACAGCCUUGCGAGGAGCUGCUGCCUUAAGGGCAAGGCUGCAAAAGGCUGGGGCUUUAGCUUUGGGUGAAGACGGUAAUGGAUUGAACAUCACAACAGCAUUGAACUUUGCUGCAACUGGGGGUGAACUACUCAAGCGCACGAGAAAAGGAGCUUUACAUUGGAAGCAAGUUUCUUUCUACAUAAACUCUAACUGGCAGGUGGUGGUUAAACUGAAAAGUAAGCAUAUGGGAGGCACAUACACUAAAAAGAAGAAGUGUGUGAUCUUUGGAGUUCAUGAUGGCAUCCCGGCAUGGCCAAGAAGGGAGAAAAAAGACAAUGCAGAGCAGAGAGCUUAUUUUGGGAUUAACACUGCAGAGAGAAUAAUAGAAUUCGAGUGCAGGAGUAAAGGUGACAAACAGAUGUGGACGGAUGGGAUUCAACAUAUGUUGAAUUGUUGUAAUAGCAUUGCAUAUUUCUGAGAGAAACUAGGUUCGGUUUGAUGGAAAAAUGCUCGAUUUUCAUUUCCGUAAA